UAUAUAUAGUUUGCCAACCCAAAUACACUUUCAAGUGCAGGCAUCUCUCAUCACCAGAUAUGGAUUUCUCUCUCUCAUUCCAAACCAUUGCUGGCCUCAUUGCACUAGCCUUCCUAUACAACCUCUAUAAAACAACUACCAAGAGCAAAAGCAAUGCAGUUCCUGAACCCCCAGGUGCAUGGCCCAUCAUAGGCCAUCUCCACCAGCUAGGUCGCCAUGAGCCACUGUGCCGUACGUUCUCAGCCAUGGCUGAUAAGUACGGUCCAGCCUUCAUUGUCAGGCUCGGUAUGCGACCCACCUUAAUCAUAAGCAGUUGGGAGCUAGCAAAGGACUGCUUCACCACCAACGACAAGAUCUUCAUGGGCCGCCCCUCCGUUGAGGUUGGGAACCAUAUGUCAUACAACAAUGCCAUGUUUGGGUUAGCCACCCCAGGCCCGUACUGGCGUGAUAUCCGCAAGCUGACCAUUCAAGAACUCCUGUCGAGCCGCAGUCUCGACUCGCUCAAAAACGUACGUGCCAUGGAGGUGGACCUAAUGAUGAAAGAGCUGUAUGGUCUUUGGGAGACGAACGGCAAAAUCCCAGUUAAGGUCGAUAUGAGAGAUAAGUUCGCUGACGUCACGUUCAAUGCGAUAGCCAUGAUGGUUAUUGGGAAGAGAUAUUUCGGCAGUCUCGGUGUUUCUGACAACGAAGACGCGCGAAAGUUCCGCGUUGCCAUGCAGAACUGGUUUCAUCUCUUUGGGGCCUUUGUUCCGUCCGAUUACUUCCCUUUCCUCAAAUGGUGGGAUGUGAAAGGGUAUAAGAAGGAGAUGAAGAUGGUUUUCAAGGAUUUAGACUCUCCUCUUACGAAAUGGCUCGCCGAGAAGCGGUCUGUCAAGGCCAAAGAUGAUAAGACCUUCAUCAAUGUGUUGAUACCGUUCGUGGACAAUUCUCAGUUCCCAUGUCAUGACGCUGAUACAGUCAUCAAAGCCACUUUAUGCACUGCUCUGCUUGGUGGCUAUGAUGCUGUAUGGAUCGCCAUAACGUGGACCCUCUCCGUAUUAUUAAACCAUAAACAUGUGAUAAAGAAGGCCCAAGAUGAGCUAGACAACUACGUUGGCAAGGACAGAAACGUUGACGAAUCAGAUAUCAACAACCUGGUCUACCUCCAAGCCAUCCUCAAGGAAACCUUGCGCUUGUACCCUCCAGCCCCUAUGGGUGCCCCACACCAGGCUUCAGAAGACUGCUAUGUGGGUGGCUACCACGUCCCUGCUGGCACACGCUUGUUUACCAACGUGUGGAAGAUGCACCGAGAUCCUCGUGUGUGGUCAGACCCUGAUGAAUUCCAACCAGAGAGAUUCAUGACUAAGCAUGCAGAUGUGGACCCUAAGGGUACCCAUUUUGAGUUCCUCCCUUUUGGAUCCGGUCGUCGAAUGUGCCCUGGUGUAUCAAUGGCCUUCCAAAUCCUGCAUCUGAUACUUGCUCGUCUGCUUCAUGGCUUUGAUCUAAGGACCCCAUUUGAUGCGCCUGUGGAUAUGUCCGAGAAAGUUGGUAUAACCGUCGCUAAAGCUACUCCACUGGAAGUUCUACUGAGCCCACGCCUCCCUUUGGAGCUCUAUAAGUGAGUUUGAAGAGAAUUGCCCACGUCUGAUGGUGAGGGGAGUCAGUUGUAAAACCUAUCUAUAUAUAAGAGCCAGGGUUUUCUAGUUUUAUAUCUAUGUUAAUACAAAAUGCUGCACCUAUGAGAGGUGGCUACAUCAGAUAUAGUUCUAAGAAGUCACCUAAGAAUAUGACUUUUGUCUCUACGUUCCAUGGGCUUAGAUUUUCUAGUUUUUCAUAUGCGUUAAUAAAAAUGUAGCACUUUGUGCACCUAGACCUUUAUUUAGUAUACAAUGUCUAUCUCUUAUA